UUGGCAGUGGUGCAUAUGCACCAAUCCUUCUAGAAUCGUUGGCACCGCGAAUAUUUACACACAAUUCAACAACACGGAAAGUGGCAUAAGCCGCUAACAAAAAUCGAUCGUGGUGCGCUAGUGCUAAUCAAAAAUGAAUUGGUACCCCCUAAGCAGUGGCGUUUGGUAGGAAAAUGUUUUGUACAUAAUACUUGUUGUAUAAUUUUUAGAAUAAUAAUAAAUAAUCUUAAGAUGGUUGCACGACCAAAAUCAAAAUUUCACGAGAAUUGCGGUUAACUGGAUUCACGAAUUGGUCCCUACCGUUUGGUGACGCCCCCUCCAUCCACAUAAGGGUCACGGGUAGAUGGACCAGAGAGUUCGAGUUAGCAAGAGUUGACUUCAAGACUUCGAGGGUUUUAGUCUAACAUCGUGACCAGAUUCUUUUCAUCUCUCGUGAGUGCCACAUUAGUGGCAAAAAAGCGGUACCGCCAUCCCUUGUGAGAACGGUCUACCCCUACGUCGGGAUACUCGUAAUUGGAAAUGUCCGAUGUAGAAACAGAGGCAAUUAGCUCUUCAGUAGUUAUUGAGGUUAUUGAUCAGUUGAACGAAGCAUUCCCUGAAGUCGGAGAAGUGGCCGAACACUUAAGAAAACCAACUGAUGACAAUGAUCCUGUUGUCAACGAUGCCACAGUCAACUCCGAAGAGGUCGUCGUUCCAGCAGUUGUGACCAGUCUUGAAGAACACUUCAGAAGAAGUUUUGUGAAUUUCCAACCUAGAGUGGUUGUGAUGGUCAAUUCACAAAACUUGGUUUCUUCAUCUGACGACAGCGACAACGACCGCGAGUUGUACAGCUACCCUUCGCAUUCAAACCAUGGGAUGAAACGCUUGAGAAGCGGUUCACCAUUCAUGGUCAAUGAGUCUUUACCACCAGAAAGACAAAAAAAUCGAUUGUAAAAAAGUGUUGACAAUGAAAAUUUAGAUGCUAUUGUUGACACACCAUGUGCCCGAGGAACGAUUUUACAUUGAAGAAAAGAAUCCUCUUCCGGAAUGUCGAUGUAAUCGAGCACAAAAAUCAACUGAUCUGUGUCCUCUUCAUGAAGUCGACUUUUACAAACAUUAAUGUCAAUCGGGCUAAUAUGAAAUAUGGGCCACUGUAUUUUUUUAGACCCCGAACAGACAGUUGAACAACGAGUUGGCAACGCUAGGCGUCAAAGAUUGAACGUAGCGCUAAUUGAGUUGAUCACAGAACAGCGGCAGGAGGUCAUUCCAUUUGCUCACGUGUAUCGUCAUUUGCAUGAUGUCUACGAAGAGCAAAGAGUGGGAGAUGCUGUGUGUCUCGAAUUUGUCGAACAACAUCGUAAUCGAAACAAUCGUGAGCAUGAUCCACCUGCAAUCAAUGAAGUUUGUUUGUUGUUGCAAAUUACGAUGAAAACAAUCCGCCAAAUCCAUGGAUGAGAGUUUUCUUGAGAAAUCACGAAUUUGAUUCGAUAAGCGAAUUUUGUGAUCCAUUAUCAUAUCCUUUGCUUUUUCUCAGAGGAGAUUUGGGCUGGCACAACAAGAUUCCAUUGGUGAAUCAAAGAAGAAGAGCCAGGCAGCCGGCCAACGAAUUGUUUGAAUUUGAUGUUGGUGGUCCUGGAACCAUUGCUGAACAAUUCUUGCGGUGUGAAUGCUGCUAUUGUCAUGCACAAAAAUCGGCGGUUCAUCCCGAAACAAAUUUUCGAUUUCGGGAAGAAGAUGGUUUUCAAGCGUGUUAAUAUGGCCGGCCAAAUCGGCAGAUUUGAACCCAAUUGAAAAUCCAUGGGCUGAAAUGGUUCGGCAGUGGAACGACAACUUUAUUGGGGUCCGACCCCAAUCGUCAUGAAUUGACAGAUAAUGUAAAUGAAGUUUGGGGGCAAAUAAGGCGAACAAAUUUGUGUGAAACCUUAGUCAAUUCUAUGCCACGCAGAUUGCAGGUAUGCAUUGACGCCGAAGGCUACUACAUUAAUUAUUAGA